AGUAUCGUUUAAUAGCCACAGCGCCAGUGUUCCGAGAGCACGGCGAAAGCGAUCUCCAAAAAAGAAACGCAAACAAAACCCAGAGGGAGUUCCCCCGGCGGAAGCAGCCGGUUCCCCAGUAAUAUAGUAUCGUCGAUGCCCGCACAUUUGGAUACUUUUGACCUCAGUCGGCGGCGGUGACAUACCAUACCACUGGAUAUUGCUCAUCACGCGGAGAGUUCCCCCAGCGACAGCGGUAGCAAGCCCCGAAAAGCGCCGGAGAAUGAGAUAGCCGAGCGUCGACGGCGAUUUGUACGAGUGAUUAGCAGCGGAAAGAAGCGAAGCUGAGGUAAUUCACACCAAAAUGGGCGUUCGUGUGAUAGAGACAGACUCGGCGAGCGACUCGUACGACGAUGACGAGUGCUCCACUUGCCAGAAAGAGCAGCAGGGUAAAUCCCCCAGCAAGGCCAAGAGGAGCUCCUGCCCGCCGGAGGAGGCGACCAUCCAUGCCAGCAGGGACCUGGUGGGCAACUGCAAGGAGUACCGCAUCGAGAACAACUCGCGCGACCUGAGGAUCAUCGGCAACGGCAACCGGAUACGCAUAGUGAGCAACUCCGGGAGCCUGCAGAUUAUAGGCAACAGCACCAGGCUGAAGAUCCAGAGCAAUAGUGGCUCCCUCAAGUACACCGGAAACGACGGCCGGAUAUACCUGGGCAGCGGUUCUGCGCAGCAAGUGGUGGACUACACGGGCUGCAACGGACUGCUCAAGGUGGUGAAGUCCCUGGAUCUCAGCGGCGACGCCAAGAAGAAGCCCAGCUCGCGGUCGAAAAACCCCCAGCCAGCGGCCGCCAGCCAAGGCACGUCCGGGGGCGUGGAGAUCGAGAGCAAGUUUACCGUCCAGCACGGGGCUGGGAAUAUUGUGAUCAACAAUGCCAUCAACGUGAGCAUUUAGGCCACGGAGCUCUCUAAGUCUUCCUAGGCCAAAGAUUAGUGCACUGCAGCUCUUGCCGCCGAACCCAAGGUUCCUAAUGACUGCUAACCAAGUUACCGAGUCCCAAGGGACUUCCGACUGCUACUUCAUCGCCACACAUUCAGCAUCGCCAAGUAUUAAACGCCACGUCGCUAGUCCAGCAUAUCCAUUAGCCACCACAAGCCACCCACUGAUUAGGGAGUAUAUAUGUAUGCAUAGUCGUAAUGAACAAAGCUCAAACUUCAUUCCGAGAAUGAUUAAUCUGCGUUAAGCCAAAUAAAAUUAUAUGUAUGUGCUUAAAGAAAUACGCUGAGGUGCUUUUCUUUCUAACCUUCGCUGUAAGGACAGUAAAUCCCCGGCUCUGAGCGUGCUUCACAUUUUCUUCGGAGCUUGGUGAACUACACGGAUAAUACAAUGCAAAUCCAAAGUGUUUUCUUCAGCAUAAGCACCUACUAUCUGCGGUCUGCCGCGCCACUCACAACUUCUGGGAACUGGCCUUAAGUCAUCUUGACGCUGGGAUGCACCGAGCUCUUGGCCGAGUUGACCCACUUCCAUUGCCACCGGAAGAGCACGCGACGCAGGCGGGGCACUAUCGAUGUAGGUACUGAUUAAUUAAAACCUUUCGCUUUCCCAUGGGUGCCCUUGGCUACGGACUUUCGAGCGCCGAAUAUCAAUUCUCGGGGGUUCUUCCCCGUUGACAGUGGCAUUCAAAGCAUUCAUCACCGAAAAUCGACUGCCACCUUUGUACUCGCACUUACUGGAUUCUCUGGGAUGACAGGUAGAUAUCCGGAGAUGCGACUUGGGUGCAAUCACCUUGUAUCUCUGGAAAGCUCGAGAACACAAAAGGUGUAAUUAACAUAACUUAGCCGAGGUAAUAUUAGGAGUUGUAACUAUAAACAAUUAUCAUUAAGUGUCAUCAUCAUGAACUCAAGGAAAAUAAUGAAUUUAAAUUUAAUUGCAUACUCGUAGGAUUUAAACUAAAAUAAAGAGUUGGAAAUUAUUUAAAUAAAGUUUUGUAGGAGUGGGCAAGGUUUCUGCUUUUAUAUUUAUUUAUAUACAAAAAAAAAUUAAUUUUUACUAAUUAUUUUAUUAUAUAUAACUAUUAUUUUAUUAAAUAAUCGAAAUCUCUAAAA